AUGGCUGAUAUUUCAGCUGAUAGUGGUUCAGACCUUACAUCAACUCCUCUAGGCUCUAAUGCCGCGUCCCCUUUAGCCUCGUUUUCCUCAGACAAAGAAAACGGUCCUUCACCUAGCGCGUCGCGUUUGGAGAAACGAAAGCAAAAGAGUCACUCCGCGUUAUCAGCAAAUGCACCGUCGAACAUGGGCGACGCAUCAAGUAAGCGACGGAGGAUCUCGAGAAGGGAGGAUGGAGGAGAUAGUCAGGCCACCCGCAAUCAUUCUCUCGGCGGGUUGAUUGACACGGAUUUUUACGAUCCUGACCAAGAUCCUGAAGAACGAAGAGCAGUUCGCAAAGCCCUAAGAGAUCUUGCGACGAAACUUAACGAUUCACGCACCGAAUUUAUGCAGGCAGCGUCCAAUGGCAUCCGUGAAACCGUUCUAAAAGCCAAUGAGCUUUUCAAGUCAGUGAAGCAAACAUCAGAUGCCACAAUAGAUUCUCGUCUUCUUGUAAAUGCCGCCGAUUUGUCGUAUAAACGUACUGCCCAGGCCGUCCUGGGAGACUUUGAUUCAGGUAUCGAUGUGGAAGAGUUUGUGUCGAAAUGUCUAUCUUUUAUGCGUACAACAGCCGGGGACCAUCCAUCGCCUUUGCAACAGUUAAACUCCCAGCGGCGACGUCAGCAGACCUUCAACAGAAAUGACGACAGCGACGACGAUGACGACGUGCUUAACUGGGAUCUGCUAGGUCGACGGGCUUGCUACCCUCAUAAUGUGCGGCCUUCACUGUCCGGCUUUUUAUAUGGCCCUCUGUCGGCACAGAAGCGGGCCCGACAACAGACACAGCGAAAAGCAAGGCAGGAAAGGAUCGACCCAUCACAAGCUAUCCGCCCGCAGCAGCUUCAGGCUGAGGACCUUGAGCAGCAAGAAACUGCCAAUUUGACGGCCAUUUGUACUGAAAUAAGGAAUAUUUUGGUGGCCACGCAGCAAACGGGCGAGAAACUUGCCAGCGAGGAGCUCUCGAAAAUGCACAAACCUUCCCGAGAUCAAAUUCUGGAAGUCAUGUAUAAAUAUAAUAUAUCUGAAGAUGGUGGGGUGCCGUUGUUCAAGUUUUGUCUCAACCCCCAGUCCUUUGGACAAACGGUUGAAAAUCUGUUUUAUGUCAGCUUUUUGGUCAGAGACGGGAGUGUUGCGGUUACCACCGAUGCCAAUGACCUUCCUACACUUCACCCGUCCACGGCAGCGUUACCAUCGGAGGCCCAAAACAAGGGUCUCCGAAAACACCAGGCUGUCUUCAGUCUCGACUUUCCGACCUUUCAGGAUCUCAUUGAGGUUUUCGACAUUCAAAGACCUUUGAUUCCCCAUAGAACAGAGGAAGAAGUAUCAUAG